UCCAUCCUCUGGUUCUUCUGCAGGGUGUAUACAACCACCAUGAAGAACCAGGUCUGUCGACUGAUCAUUCAGGGGGGGAAAGAAACCCUAUGGAACGCAGGCUGAGGUUGCAUGCAUCCUUGUUCCUGACCCAGAAACGGUGAAACCACGGCGCUUAUGGCGACCCUCCGAGAAAGUGGAAGGAAGGGUGACUGUGUGACGGUGGGUGGUCGUUACCGCAAUCCCAACCUUCAUUUCCACUCAUCCACGGCACUGACUGUUGCCAACCUCCUUUUUCCGUCCAUCAAUUCCUCACUUCUCGGCAGCGGCAGCAGCAGCAGUACAACCUGUAUCCCACAGAAACAUUGCCUUGCUUGCCUCUACCUGCGACUCAACGCACGAAGAUGGGUCAACAAGCCUCGGUCCCGCAACCCGGCACCCACAUCCAAGUCAUCGGAGCCGGCCUCUCACGCACCGGCACCGCCUCCUUCAGCGCCGCGUUGGAGAUCCUGCUGGAGGGUCCCAUCUACCAUGGCGGCACUCAAACCCUGCUGGGUCCCCCGAGUGAGCUCAAAUCAUGGAAACAGAUCCUUCGCAAUUGGCUAUCCGGCGACCACGCAACCACGCUGGCUCUCCUUCAGACCCGCACGGCCGGCUACGCAGCCAUCACCGACGCCCCGGCGUCGCAGCUAGUCCCCGAGCUCCUUGAACUCUACCCAGACAGCAAGGUCAUCUGCACCGUGCGCGAUCCAGACGCUUGGGUGCGCAGCAUCCAGCAAGUCAGCUCGAUCGUGCGUCUAUGGUUCCUGGGUGCCGUGCUGCUCCCGCUGCCGGGCAUGCGCCACUUCAUGGGCUACAACUGGCUCCUGCAGGCACAGUGGGAUCGCAUCUAUCGCUCGCGCGACGUCGCCGGCAUCUACCAGCAGCAUCUCCAGUGGCUGCGCGAGGUCGUCCCGGCCGAUCAACUGGUCCUUUUCGACGUGCGCGAGGGCUGGGAACCGCUGUGCCGCGCGCUGGGCAAGGAGGUGCCGGAUAUCCCGUUCCCACGCAUCAAUGACUCCAAGGCGGUGGAUCGCAUUGCUGAGUAUCAUAUCCGGAGGGGAUUGAUGCGGUGGGCGGUGAUAUUUGCCCUGGUUGGCGUGAGUGUUUGGUGGUUUUGCUGA